AUCGCUUCUUGGUUCCGUACCAAGUGGCACCCCGACUAAGACCCCGAAAAACCGUCCAAAACAGCUAGCUAACCGCCCAACAGCGGAGACGGCGUCAUUGCCGUCCCAUUUCAAAUUCUCUUAAUAUCUCUGCUUCCUUCUCUAAAGUACAUAUACGCUAGACCCAUAAAAUCAUCACAAACCAACAAAAACAUAAGAAAAGAACAAAAGCCUCACAAUGCCGCUAAACCCUAAAGGACCCCAAAAGACAAGUACACCGCCAACGAGGUCAUCCUCAAGACUAGCGGUAAACGAGAUUAUAGCUUCGAAUAGCGAAGUCAAGGACAUAGUGAGCGCUCAGAACUAUCUCACUCAGACGGCAAUGGCCAUCAGCGGCAAACCGUACUCCGUUGACAACCUUUCAGACAUUCUCUUCCACAUCACGCAGCUCCCAGGAAUGACUCUCCCAGCACAGAAUGCGAUAAGAGCAGUAGCUUUUCUACUCGAAGAAGCGGCCGAAAUAGAAAUGGCAGACAAAGUAGCUAAACUGGUUCUAACCGCCAUCACUCCGCAAAUUGCAAAGCUACAAGACACAUCAGGGAAAACCUCCCGCAAAGAUUUCAUAAGAUUUUCUGAAAUUUUCUGA